UGGUCUGAACGAGCUGAAGCAAAGUGAAUUUAGUUCACGCGCACGCAGCUUAUGCGAAACAACAACGAUUGCGUGAGCCAGUACUUACUCAUUUACGUUUGCAAUUUAUAUGUAUUUACGCACAUUACUACACUCGGCCUAUUGACAGUGUUUAACGGUACUUUGACUCCGUACAAGUAUGGCAGAACGAAAUCAACAGCUGCAGAGUACACCGGGAGACUGCAAAGUCGCCGAAAAGAUUGCCGAAAUGAGUGUUGUUGAUAAAGUACCCAGUGAAAUGGCCAAUGGAGGUGUUGAAGACAACAACGACGUUGUCACCCCGUGGAAUGUGGAAAGUAAUAGCGAAACUGGCAUCGAUUAUGACAAACUGAUACAGAGAUUUGGUUGCUCGAAAAUCGAUGAUGAAUUAUUAAACAGAUUUGAAAAAAUUACAGGGCAUAAACCGCAUCAUUUUCUGCGGAGGGGAAUUUUUUUCUCUCACAGAGACAUGCAUACUAUUCUCAAUAUGUAUGAACAGGGUAAACCAUUUUAUUUGUACACUGGAAGAGGGCCUAGUUCAGAAUCCAUGCAUUUAGGGCAUCUUAUUCCAUUUAUGUUCUGUAAAUGGUUACAAGAUGUAUUUGAUGUUCCUCUAGUGAUUCAACUCUCUGACGAUGAAAAAGCCAUAUGGAAAAAUUUAAAAAUUGAAGAUGCUAUUAAACUGUCAUAUGAAAAUGCAAAGGAUAUAAUUGCCUGUGGUUUCAAAGUGGAAAAAACAUUUAUAUUUUCAAAUUUAGAACACAUAGGAAACAACGCUGCUUAUUAUCAAAAUAUGAUCAGGAUUCAAAAAUGUGUAACAUUUAAUCAAGUGAAGGGUAUUUUUGGUUUUGGUGACAGUGAUCCAAUUGCUAAAAUCAGUUUUCCUCCCACUCAAGCUGCACCAGCUUUAAGUAGCACAUUUCCAUUUAUUUUCAAAAAUUGGAAAGUUCCUUGUUUGAUUCCUUGUGCAAUAGAUCAAGAUCCUUAUUUUAGAAUGACUAGAGAUGUUGCACCUAGAUUAAACCACCCUAAGCCAGCUUUGAUUCAUUCUUCCUUCUUUCCUGCUCUGCAAGGAUCCAAAACUAAAAUGUCUGCAAGUGAUACAAAUACUGCUAUUUUUCUUACUGACACUGCCAAGCAGAUUAAAAACAAAAUAAACAAGCAUGCAUUUUCUGGAGGUCGUGCAACUGUGGAAGAACAUAGACAAUUUGGGGGAAAUUGUGGAAUUGAUGUAUCGUAUCAAUGGUUACGAUUUUACUUAGAAGAUGAUGAAAGACUUGAGGAAAUUAGAAAAGGUUAUACUAGUGGAGAAAUAUUAACCGGUGAACUUAAAAAAGAAUUAAUUGAAAUAUUGCAAAAGCUGGUUGCUGAUCAUCAAGAAAGAAAAAACAAAAUUACUAGUGAAGUUAUAAAACAAUACAUGUUGCCUCGGGAUUUGGGAUUUGUUGUGAAGAGUAAAUGAAUUGUCAUGUAACAAGGUCAACCCCCUUUGGUUUACGAUAGAUAAUUUACUCAUUUUACAUUCAUUUUAGGUUUGCUUAUUUACAUUAGUACAAAUGUAGUCUGACACUUGAAAAAAUUUGUUAAGAAAGCUUGUUUUUUCCAAUAUCUUACAUGAAUGAAAUUUUUAUAGUCACAAAAAUAUAAAAAUGAAUGUAAAUUAUUGUACAUAGGUCUAUUUAGUUGUACUUCAAGUAUUGGACAAGGGUUCUGAAUGUUACAAAUUGAUGUAACCAAUAGAACUAUUGUUGCUGCUGUUGUUUCAAAUCAACUUUCUAAAAUGUUUUGUAAGAUAUUGAAAUAAGCUCUCUAUAUUUUGAUUACAAUCUCAAACUAUCAAUAAUGUACAUAAUAAUCAAGUUAUGUAUAAUGUACUAUGGGAAUGAAAAUGACCAGUAUUGUUUGCUGCACCAAACUACGUAUGUUAUUAAAAACUUAUAUUCUAUGGUGAAUUCUUAGAUGAAUGAUUAAACAAAAAUUGGACAUUGAAUGUCCAUUUUAAAAUAAAGUAAAGACUUCUCCUAUUAAAAAGCAGAAAUUUUGUGCAAACUAAAAUGUGCUAAACAUUCUCUAAAGAGAAUGUUAAUUUGCUCCACUAUUAAAAAGUUAAAUGUUUUACUAUGUUGAAUAUAAAAAGUUGAAAAUGAAGUAUAUUAAACACAAGUUUUUGACUUGUUUAAAAUAUUUUUCAAAGUGAAAAAAAGUAUGUAAAAUAGCCAAUUGUGUAAAAAAAGAUUGAUUAA